AUGGUGCGAUUCUUGCGCGACGCCACCGAGCUGGCGCAGCAGCCCGCGCAGCCGCCGGAAGCGGGCGUCGCGCAGGGGGAGUGCAGCGCGCAAGAGCGAGCGCAGGGCGCGCAAGAAAAGGCGCAAGGCGCGGAACAAGAGCGUGGAAGAACGGGAGACCAGGGCGCGGGAGGGUGGGGCACUGGCUUUGCUAGCAAUAUACCCGGAGCAAGUGGUCAUGCGGAAGGGGAAGUGGGGGGGAGGAGUCGGGAAGCAGCGGCUGGCGGAAGCGAAAGCCGUGGGGCGAUUAGCGGAGGGGGUCAGCGCGGAGCGGAGGCAUGGGCGGCUCAAGCAGGUAUUGAGGGGAAUGCCGGUCAGAGGGGGGCGGAUGCUGCGGGUAGAGGGGGAAACCCGGCGGGGGGAACCCCGGUUUCCCCCCGCGGAAGAAGCGCAGGCGGAGGAGGCGGAGGUGAAGCGAGACCAGGGGGAGCGAGCGCGAGCGGGGAACCGGGGAGGAGAGGCGGAAGCGGAAGCGGAGUUGAUGCGCGCAUGGAGGUGAGCGCAUAUGCGAACAGCAUGUCCGUACUGCGGGAGGCGACAGGCGUGGGGGGAGGAAUGGCAUGGGGGGAAGGGCUGGGCGCGGGCGCGGGCGCAUCCGGCAGGAGCGGCGGGUUGAGGGGAAUAGGGGCGCGGGAGGAGGGGGCGCAGCCCUUCUCCCUCACCUUUCUCACGUCUCUCUUCCGCCGGGACCCCCUCCGCACGCGCUCCUCUCGCCGCUCCCGCCACGCAGCUAGCCACGGGGAGGGGGGACCCCCUUCGGAAGCAGAGCAGAUUCCCGUUCCGCCCCUGGAUAAAAUCCUCAACGUUCCCCGAAGCGUCGCAUCCGAUACAGCCGCUCGUGCUGCGGGAAUCGGCUCAUCCACUCCCCCGCAAACCGCCUCUUUCCCCGGAGGCAACCCCCCGUUAGGGGCAACGUUUCCCCCCAACCGCACAUACCACUCCCCCGCCCUCCCCUCGCCUGCGCAGCCGUCCCCCUCUAGCGCCGAUCCCCACUCGCUCUGGUUCUCCUCCCCGUAUGAAAGCAUGGGGGCGCGGAUUGCGGAGAGUGAGGUAGCAGAAACGUUGGGGAGAGGGUUGGUGGGCGGAAGCGGACGACUGUGGGGAGGGGGGUUGCCUGGGGGAGGCGAGGGGAGAGAGAGUGCAAAGGCGGAGACUGUGGGCUGUGUGCGCCCCAUGAUGCCGCGGUGGGUCACCCCCCCACGGCGCCUCUGGGCAGGUAGAGGGGGAGGGGAAGUGGCAGGGGCUGGCGGAGGUGGUGGUGGUGGUGGCGGAGGGGGGAGGGCGCAGGGGGAGGAGGAGCGGGGGAGGGCGAAUCACGCAGGAUGCGGGCAAUUCCAGGAGGUGAGGGCUGGGGUUGGUGGGAUAGGCAAUGUGCACUGUUCGUUUCUCCAGAUGUCGCAGCCUCUGUCCCAUCCCUCAUCAUACCACCCCACCACCCAUCGCUGA